CCAGUUCGGGAUGUGGGCAUGAAUUCUCCAGUUCUGGUCCUCCCCAGCUCCUCUUCUGCUGCUUCUGGCUCAGAGACCACAACCUUCAACAGGAAAAAUGAGCUGGGUUUGGAUGCUUCUCCAGUAAUGAAGAACCCUCCCAAGCUGGAGGGUGAUGCUACUGAUGGCUCCUUUGCCAAUAAGCAUGGCCGCCAUGUCAUUGGCCACGUUGAUGACUAUAGUGCCCUAAGACAGCAGAUUGAAGAGGGCAGACUGCUGGUCAAGAAGGUAGCAUCCCUCGUGAGAUCAACCUGCAACUUCCUUGGCCUUGAAGCUCUAGGCACAGAGGUGAUGGGCAGUGAAGCCAUCCAUGAGCUCAGAAGCAGUGCCAACGCCCUGCACCACCGGCUGGAGGAGUCCGCCUCCCUCCUCACCAUGUUCUGGCGAGCAGCCUUGCCAAGCUCCCAUGGCCCUGCACUGGGUGGCAAAGUGGGAGAGUCCAUGAAAAGGGAGCUUCUGGAACUGAGAACCAAACUAUCCAGACAGGAGAGUCUCCUUCAGAGCACAGCUGAGCAUCUGAAGACCGCCAACCAGCAGAAGGAGAGCUUGGAGCAGUUCAUCUUCAGCCAGUGUGAAAUCCCUAAGGGCUCUUCCAUGCACUCCAGUCCUGUGACCCUUGCCUUCCAGGAGCCAAGCAAGAAGCGUAGCCACCAGAGGUCCUCCAAACAGCAGGAAGGAUGGGCCUGCCCCCCUUUUUCACAGCUCCCUGUCUGCUGAGGAGGAUCUGGGCCCCCCUCCUCCACACCUGCUGGAGGGUCUGGAAGGAGUCACAGAUGUGGCCUGCUGGGGCAGGGGGAAAGGCA